AUGGAGGACCUCAUCGAGCAGAUCGGCGCGGACGUGCUCCCCUCCCAGCGGGGCGAGGUUUACAGGAUGCUGUUCAAGGUGCUCGGCAACAUCACGGACAAGCCGUCCGAGCCGAAGUACAGGACCCUGAAGAAGGACAACAAGAAGGUCGCCGACACCCUGCUGAAGCACCCCGCCGCCGUCAGCAUCCUCAUGGCCGCCGGCUUCGAGGACCAGGGCGAGACGCUCCACUGCCCGGACACCGCGGACCUCGGCGCGAUGGGCGAGGCCGUUGCUCUGCUGGAGUGCUUCGCCGCCAGCUGCGAGGCCCCCGAGCAGUCCGCUCCCGCCAGCGCCCCGGCGCCGCGGGCGCCAGGCGCCCCCCUGCCCACGGCGGCCACGGCGAAGGCAGAGAAGAUGAACCCCCAGGGCUUCGCGCGCCGGAAGGACGACGAGAAGGAGCGGCAGCAGGCGGCCGACCAGCUCGCUGCCCUGAGGGCCGGCAGGGCGCAGGCAGGCGCCCCCGCCUCGCAGCAGGAGAGCGUCUCUGACGGGCCGAAGACGCCCAUCAAGAGCGCCUUCGACUUCGAGAACCGCCGCGCGAAGGAGGACCACCGGAGUCAGGCCGCGGAGUCGUUGGAGGACCUGCGCCGCGCGCAGAAGGAGAAGUUCAAGGAGUUCCAGAGCGACCCCCACGCGAGGGAGGCCGACGUGUACAAGCAGCCCGCGUCGGUUGCGGGCGGCGGCAAGGCCGCCGACCAGGGCUGGGGCGGCUGGCUCGGAGGUUCGAUGUACUCAUGUUUUUUGCAGUACGGGAUCCCCAGAAUGAUGGGCACAUGUUCCACCACUACUACAAUAUGCAUGUUCGGCGGCUCGUCGUCGGGAAGCAGCGGCAGCGGCGGCGGAGGCGGCCGGCCCGGCAACGACCGCCCGGGGCCGCGGAUAAAGGGGAUCGGCGACCUGCCGAAGCCCGUCCAGCGAGGCUGA